CUGUUGUUAGCGACGUAGCCACUACGGACAAUCUCAUUUAUGACAUUUCCCAUUGCGACCAGUUCUCUGAACUUCACUUUCUGUCACCGGCGGCUGGAUGCUGGAGUAGCGGUGCGCUAGUCGGGAUCCGUUAGAUCGGUGUGUUGUUGCUGCUGGCGGUGGCUGGAGCCCUUUGACUAUGUGUUUACAAUGAAGAGGCGUGUGGAGGACCAGGAACCGUUAUUUGCUCCCCAGCAGCAGCAGCAGCCACGUCGGCCCCCAGUUCAGGGUCUUACAGAAAGCUUCCAGCACCGGGCCCUCGCCCCGGCCCCGGCCGUGAUAGAGGCAGACACCAUGCAGCCGUCCACCGGCAUCCAGUAUUCUCUCCCCCAAGGCUACCAGGUGCCUACACUGCCCCAGAGCACAAGUGGACACGGACACAACAAUCCUGCACCUCAUGUUGGGCCCCAUACACACAGUUUAGCAGUCCAGCCCCAAGGUCCUGCAGUGGUCCAGGGCCACGUUCACCCACCGGCCCCCAUGAGCUCCACUCAGGGCCAGCAGCAGUUUCAGCGACUGAAGGUCGAAGAUGCGUUGUCGUAUCUGGACCAAGUGAAGCUGCAGUUUGGGAAUCAGCCACAAGUUUAUAAUGAUUUCCUUGACAUCAUGAAAGAGUUCAAGUCACAGAGCAUUGAUACUCCAGGAGUCAUCAACCGUGUAUCCCAGCUCUUCAAGGGCCACCCCGACCUCAUCAUGGGCUUCAACACCUUCUUACCACCUGGUUAUAAGAUUGAGGUUCAAACCAACGAUCUGGUGAACGUGACCACGCCGGGUCAGAUCCACUACAUCACCCCACACGGUAUUUCUGUCCAGAACAUCCCUGUGAGCGGAGCACCAACUCAACCUACGACCCAUCACCAGCACCAGAGUCUGCCUCAGGCCAGCACCCACACCACCACCCCCACCACCUCCACCCCACCCAACCCAUCCCAGCCUGCUGCAAGUAAAACCAGCAAGCCGGUCCAGUCUCCGGCCCACACCCCCACCAGCCAGCCCAAUCCAUCCAUCCCAUCCUACGCCUCGCCUCGCUCCCCUUUGGUCCAGUCGCACACUCCUGUCAGCAGCACGCCAUCCAGUGGGCCUCCUGUCCAAAACAACCAGCCUGUGGAGUUCAACCACGCUAUAAAUUAUGUCAACAAGAUCAAGAACCGCUUCCAGGGUCAGCCGGACAUCUACAAAGCCUUCCUGGAGAUCCUGCACACGUACCAGAAGGAACAGCGAAAUGCUAAAGAGGCAGGAGGGAACUACACCCCGGCACUGACCGAGCAGGAGGUCUACACUCAGGUGGCGAGACUCUUCAAGAACCAGGAGGACCUGCUGUCAGAGUUUGGACAGUUCCUGCCUGAUGCCAACAGCUCCAUGCUGCUGAGUAAAGCUGCACCAGACAGAGCAGAGUCGGUCCGUAAUGAUCACGGCGGCACCGUAAAGAGACCUUUACUGAACAACAAACAGAGGCUGAGCCAGAACGGCCUCCCCAUCCGAAGACCUGCUGGAGUCAGCUCCACGCUGCCCGUAAAGAAGAAGCCUAAGAUAAUGGGGAAGGAUCACGGCUUGGGAGAAGUCGGCAAACACAGCACCAGCACUGAAACCAUGUUCUUUGAGAAGGUGAAGAAGGCUCUCCGCAGCUCUGAGGCGUACGACAACUUCCUGCGGUGUCUCCACAUCUUCAACCAGGAGGUCAUCUCACGCACAGAGCUGGUCCAGCUGGUCAUCCCGUUCCUGGGGAAAUUCCCGGAGCUUUUCAUCUGGUUUAAGAACUUCCUGGGCUAUCGGGAGUCGAGUCACGGGGAGUCGAGCCACGCUGAGACUUUACCCAAGGAGCGAGCAACGGAGGGCAUCGCCAUGGAGAUCGACUACGCUUCCUGCAAGAGGCUGGGCUCCAGCUACAGAGCUCUGCCCAAGAGCUACCAGCAGCCCAAAUGUACCGGCAGAACGCCGCUGUGCAGAGAGGUUCUGAACGACACGUGGGUCUCGUUUCCAUCGUGGUCUGAAGAUUCCACCUUUGUGAGCUCCAAGAAGACUCAGUAUGAGGAGCACAUUUACAGAUGUGAGGAUGAGCGCUUUGAGCUGGACGUCGUGCUGGAAACCAACCUGGCCACAAUCCGAGCUCUGGAGACGGUGCAGCGGAGGCUUUCUCGCAUGUCAGCAGAGGAGCAGCUGCGCUUCAAGCUGGACAACACGUUGGGAGGCUCCUCCGAGGUCGUUCACCGCAAAGCCAUCCAGAGGAUAUACGGGGACAAAGCCCACGACAUCAUCGAUGGCCUGAAGAGGAACCCUGCAGUGUCUGUCCCCAUAGUGCUGAAGAGGUUGAAAAUGAAGGACGAGGAGUGGAGAGAAGCCCAGAGAGGCUUCAACAAAAUCUGGCGGGAGCAGAAUGAAAAGUAUUACCUGAAGUCCCUCGAUCAUCAGGGCAUCAACUUCAAGCAGAACGACACCAAAGUGUUGCGUUCAAAGACGUUGCUCAAUGAGAUUGAGAUGCUCUACGAUGAUCGACAGGAGCGAGCAUCAGAGGAAACGCCAGCGCUCAGCGGCCCUCACAUGACUCUGACCUACGAGGACAGCCAGAUCCUGGAGGACGCCGCCGCCCUCAUCAUCCACCACGUCAAGAGACAGGUGGGCAUCCAGAAAGAGGACAAGUCAAAGAUCAAACAGAUCAUCCACCACUUCAUUCCCGACCUGCUGUUUGCCCAACGAGGUGAGCUGUCCGACGUGGAGGAGGAGGAGGAAGAGGAGGAGGAGGAAGACACGGAGGUGGAUCAGGACGGCCCUAAGAAGCCCAACGGCCUGCCGGGCAGCAGCCCUCCCAAGUCCAAACUCCUGUUCAGCAACACUGCCGCCCAGAAGCUGCGAGGAACAGAUGAAGCCUACAACCUGUUCUUCGUCAACAACUACUGGUACAUCUUCCUCCGUCUUCACCAUAUCCUCUGCUCCCGUCUGCUGCGGAUCUACGGACAAGCCGAGAAGCAGAUCGAGGAAGAAGCUCGAGAGCGAGAGUGGGAACGGGAAGUUCUGGGACUCAAAAGAGAGAAGAAUGAAAACCCAGCAAUCCAGCUGAAGAUGAAAGAGCCCAUGGAUGUCGAUGUGGAGGACUACUACUCAGUGUUUCUGGAGAUGGUGCGUAAUCUUCUGGAUGGAAACAUGGAGCCGGCUCAGUAUGAAGACUCCCUCAGAGAGAUGUUUACCAUCCAUGCCUACGUAGCCUUCACCAUGGAUAAACUCAUCCAGAGCAUCGUCCGGCAGCUCCAGCACCUCGUUGCUGAUGAUGUUUGUGCACGUGUGACCGAUAUGUACCUGAGUGAGAGUUCCAACAAAGCCACAGGAGGGGCUCUGUCCACGCAGGGCUCCAGAAGCCCAGCAGAGGGCGUCUACCAGCGCAGAGCAGAGCAGCUGAUGUCAGACGAGAACUGCUUCAAGUUGAUGUUCAUGAAGAGCCGAGGUUCCGUCAGUCUGGCCGUGGAGCUGCUGGACACCGAGGAGGAGAACUCUGAUGAACCGGCAGAUGCAGAAAGGUGGUCGGACUACGUGGGCAGGUACCUGAACUCAGAUUCUGCCUCUUCAGAGCUGCGUGAGCAUCUGGCUGAGAAGCCGGUGUUCCUCCCCAGGAAUCUGAGACGGAUACGGAAAUGCCAGAGAGGCUGGGAGCAGCUGCAGCAGGAGAGGAUGACCAAAGGCUCCUCGGACAAACCUCAGGACGGAAACACCGAGCUGAAGAUGGAGUGUAUGUUCAAGCUCAACUCCUACAAGAUGGUUUAUGUCUGCAAGUCAGAGGACUACAUGUACAGACACACAGCGCUCACACGGGCUCAUCAGUCCCACCAGCGGGUCAACACUCGGCUCCACAGACGCUUCCAGUCCUGGUUGAACUCCUGGGCCAAGGAUCACGUGACCGGCGACAUGGCAGCCAGCAGCCGGAAGUGGCUGAUGGGAGAAGCUCAGGAAGACCUCCUGCCGUGCUCCACCACCUGCUGCCCUGAGGUCCUCCACUAUCUCCACAUUAACAAGUACCGGGUCCAGUACAGAACUCUGUAGUCUCUCCAGAACCCGGCAGGUUUCACACAAACCGCCAGAUAAAUUCUGACCUGCUUUUACUGGAUUCAGUUGCCAAAAGUUCUUCAGGGUUGUUGAUCCGUAGGUCAGAUGGGAUGUAGAUGUUCCACUUUUUGCACAUGAUUCAGGAGCUGAUCUUCAGGCUGCAGCAGAUGUGAGGUAGGAGGACAUCAUACUGGAUAUUCAGAUCAGGAGAUUAUUACAGAGAAACAACCUGUAUGCAUCUUUCAGUUGACAGAUUUUAAAAGCAGAAUGAAGUGUUUACUCCUCAUUUCAUAGAAACAGAAGAACCUCAGCGUUUGUCUUCAGGUAGCAGAACUAGUUCCUGUUCCUCCGUUAGACCUGGACCUCCGUCUGGUUCCAAACCUGUACAGUCUGAAUGUUUCCAUGGUAACGGUGCUGUAGAGCACUAAAUAUGUCCAACAUCUCUGCUGGCUGGACGACUACAGUAAUUUAUGACUGCCCAAAACUCUGAGUGUAAAUAUGUUGUUUAUAUCUAGAUUUUUUUUAUCGUUGAUGUGUAGCGGAUGUUAGCUCACAUAGAAUCUGUCUUUAGAUAGACGCUGCAGAGAAUUUUAUUAAGAAAAUGAACAAUUUUAACAGUUUUGUACCAAAGGAUGUUAAAAUCAGAGGUUUUCUUUGUGGUCUAUUGAGCGUGUUGUCGCUUCUAUUGAUAGAAAAGUUCUCAUUUUGGAUCCGUUGUGCAUUUCUACCUUCAGUAUCUCUGGUUGUUUAAAGAGGAGUGAAUGUAGCCCAGCAGCAGCUUCUCCUGUUUCAAACUAAACUAAUCUGUACGUCUGGAGUCUUAACAGUCGACCUUUUCUGGUGUUUGGCUGGAAUCUGUUGGACAGGUUCAGUAUGAAUCUUCAUGAAUCCAGUGAUGAACAGAAGGUCUGUAGGUGAAUGUCAGUUUGAGGAUUCAAAGCAAUAACUCCUCCAGUCGCUGUUUAUCAAAGCUACCAGUUUGUAUUUCUGCUGGAAUACGAAUGUGAAUGUUGUAAACCCUUAAGAGGGAUGUAAACUAGGAUUCUUUUAUUGCCUUUCCUUUCUGCAGUUUAACAGAAUGAAUUUUCCAUGUGGACCUGGCAGUGAGGUCGGAUGGAUGGUAGUGAUCCAUAAAACGCUGGAGGGUGUUUCAAAUUAGAAACAUAAAAACAGGAUUUAGUUGACUUAAAAAUUUAAUGGAUCAUUACUCUGGCAGGAUGCAGGUUUAGAGACACUCCUGAUAAAAUGCUGUCGUUUCUGGAGGCAGUGAUCCGAAACAAAACCAGCCGCAGACAAUCCUGGAAGCGUUUAUUACCGGUGUUUUUAUUUUUCUAUUCAUGUGUUUAAUAUGGAAAAACCACAGGAAGUCCCGGGGAGCUGAUUGUACAUCAAGAGUUUGUUUGUACCUUGUUUAUUGUCUCUUCCCUUGACUUUUCUGAUGUUGUACAUGAGUGUUAGUCUGGUGUUUGGCAUUAAACUAUCCUUUCAGUAGACACAAA